GGAGGAGGGAGCUGUGGGGCUGGAGCGCCACCAGACAGGGACGCAGGGAGGGAACUCGGUCUGGGAUUUACCCCGGGACAGGCCUGUGGAGCUCGGGGAGUCGUCCCUGCGCGGGCGCUCAGGGCGGUGCCCGCGGUGCGGCGUGGGCUGGAUCGCGACCCCAGUCCCUCCCCGGGGCCGAGUCGCAGCGGCGCGCGCGCCGCCCACGCGCGAUCGUCGCUAUCGCGGCGGCCCGGCUGGCCCGGCCUCGCAGCGCGGGGACCCUGCCAGCCAUGGCCCAGAUCAGCGACCAGACUCUGCCCGGGCCUGAGACCACAGUGCAGAUCCGUGUCGCCAUCCAGGAGGCCGAGGACGUGGAGGAUCUGGAGGAGGACGACGAAGGGACCUCGGCGCAGGCAGCGGGGGACCCAGCCCGGUACCUCAGUCCUGGCUGGGGCAGCGCCAGCGAGGAGGAGCCAAGCCGCGGGCACAGCAGUGCCACGACAAGUGGAGGUGAAAAUGAGCGCGAGGAGCUAGAGCCGGAGUGGAAGCCCCCGGAUGAGGAACUCAUCAGGAAGUUGGUAGAUCAGAUCGAGUUCUACUUUUCGGAUGAGAACCUGGAGAAGGACGCCUUCCUGCUCAAGCACGUGCGGAGGAACAAGCUGGGCUACGUGAGCGUCAAGCUGCUCACCUCCUUCAAAAAGGUGAAACACCUCACGCGGGACUGGAGAACCACAGCACAUGCCUUGAAGUAUUCGGUCACCCUGGAACUGAAUGAAGACCAUCGGAAAGUUAGGAGGACCACGCCUGUGCCGCUGUUCCCCAAUGAGAACCUCCCCAGCAAGAUGCUGCUGGUGUAUGAUCUACACCUGUCCCCCAAGCUAUGGGCCCUGGCCACGCCCCAGAAGAACGGAAGGGUGCAGGAGAAGGUGAUGGAGCACCUGCUUAAGCUCUUUGGGACAUUCGGAGUCAUCACAUCGGUGCGGAUCCUCAAACCUGGCAGAGAGCUGCCUCCUGACAUCCGGAGGAUCAGCAGCCGAUACAGCCAGGUGGGGACCCAAGAGUGUGCCAUUGUGGAGUUCGAGGAGGUGGAGGCCGCCAUUAAAGCCCAUGAAUUCAUGGUCAGUGAAUCGCAGGGCAGGGACAACAUGAAGGCUGUCUUGAUUGGGAUGAAGCCGCCCAAAAAGAAACCCCUCAAAGAUAAGAACCACGAUGAUGAGCCCACUGCUGGUACCCACCUAAGCCGGUCCCUGAACAAGAGAGUGGAGGAGCUGCAGUACAUGGGGGAUGAGUCUUCCGCCAACAGUUCCUCCGACCCUGAGAGCAAUCCCACCUCUCCUAUGGCUGGCCGGCGGCAUAUGGCCGCCAACAAGCUCAGCCCUUCUGGCCACCAGAAUAUCUUCCUGAGCCCAAAUGCCUCCCCAUGCUCAAGCCCUUGGAGCAGCCCCUUAGCCCAGCGCAAGGGUGUCUCCAGAAAAUCUCCCCUGGCUGAGGAAGGCAGACUAAACUUCAGCACCAGCCCCGAGGUCUUCCGGAAAUGCAUGGAUUACUCUUCGGACAGCAGUGUCACCCCCUCGGGCAGCCCCUGGGUUCGCAGACGGCGCCAAGCAGAGAUGGGGACACAAGAGAAAAGUCCGGGGGCAAGUCCCCUGCUGUCUCGAAGAAUGCAGACUGCAGAUGGGUUACCCGUAGGAGUGCUGAGGUGGCCCCGAGGCCCCGACAACACUAGGGGCUUCCAUGGCGGACAUGAGAGAAACCGAGCCUGUAUAUAAUACCUUCUAUUUUUAAUACCGGCUCCGCUAAAAACAAACUUUGUUUUCAAGGUCUUCACAAGUAGCUAGCAUGACAGAGAAUGGAACUCAGUCCCCUUAGGAAGUUUUUGUAUCCGUGUAGACCUUGUAAUUUAUAUAUUUGUAAGGUAUACAAAUUGUGAUGUGUGCCAUGGUUUUAAGAUCAUCUUCUGCCUGGGGCUUCUUGCUCCCGGCAUGACCGCUGUUUUGACAAUGCCUGGCAUGUGUUGAGUAUGAUGGCUCUCUGGGAAAAUGUAGUAGUGGGUUUGUCUGCCGGGACUGGCUUUUUCCUGCAAUGACUGAGCUAUCUGUCCUUGUCGGGCCAUGCAAGGGCUCCUGAGACCUCAAAGGAGUUUUUGCUCAAUGGCAAAUCCUUCAGGCAAUAGCAUGGUGUCUUAUAGGACUGUCUAUUCCCUGUGACGUAAAUAAAGAAUUAAACACCCACUGGGAGUCCCAUAUCUGAGGUCACAGGACAAGGAACCUAACAAGGACGUAUUUUCUCCAUCUACCCUACAGUGUACCCCCGUGCAGGCCUGGACUCAGCUGGAGAAUCCUGGCAGCCUAGGAGGUCUGUCCUCACAAUGAGUCUCACGGAACAGGCAGCUUUAGUUUCUGCUGAUGUCCACACAGCAUCCCAGACCAUCAGCAUUGGCAUCACCUGAGAACUUGCUAGAAACACGCAUUUCCAGGCCAAAUGAUUGAGAAACUGCCAAAGGAGGAAUCCUCGGUGUCCUUUUAAAGAUUUGUUCUUAUUUAAUGUGUGUUUGUGUGUGUGUGUGUGUGUGUGUGUGUGUGUGUAGGUGUAUGUCAUGUGUGUGCCCGAAGAAGCCAGAAUGGGGCAUCAGAUCCACUGAAGCCAGGGUUCGGAGUAUGAGCUGCACAGUAUGGAUGCUAGGAACUGAACUUGGAUACUCUAGAAGAGCAACAAGUGCUCUUAACCCUGAGCCAUCUCUCUGGGACCAGAGUUCGAAAAUCCCUGCAGAUGAUUCUGAUAUGUGCUAGUGUGAAAAUCCUUGGGGUGACCAUAGCUGCAGGACCCCAUGUCAGCCA